CUCACUCUCCCUCUCUCUCUCCCUCUCUCUGCCAACGAAACUUCUCCGUCCCCGCCUCACUGUUUCCCUUUCCUAUACUUUCUGCGAGGCGUUUCUCUUUUCCCUCUUCCUCGCCUCUUUCUCGUGCUUUGAGAAGUUUACGCGAAGCUGUAGAUGCACUGACAACUUAGAAGGAUGAUGGCGUCACAAAUUCGCUACACAUUUUUUGUUGUUGUGGAGAGAAAUCUUUCGUUUUGAGAGUCGCAAUUGGAGGUCAUGAUUGAAGCGAAGUUCGAUGCAGAACUCUAUAAAAGCUUGAGCACAGUAAGAUAUUCCUUCGGGCUAUAAUUGUUUAGUUCUUCAUUAAACUAGUUUCAGAGAAUUCUCUGUGAAACAACUCUGUUGGUGAUGCAGAAAUGGUUGUGUGUUUGGUGUCAUAUACUAUUUAAUACAUGGUGAAGGUAAAAUGAAGUUUGUAUGUCUGCUGAUCUACAUUUUCUGCGAUUGAAGAAGGUGACUAGUGCUACCAGGAAAUUCUAUAAUGGCAUGCUUUCUAGUCAAUGGGCUACCUUUAGCGCUGUUCCCGCCAAGCUAAGCAUGGAAUAUGAAGUUUGAAUGCAGUAAAAAGAAUCUGGUUGCAAAUAUUAACCUAGAGAUACACUCUGUUCUGAAAUGUUGGAAAUGCCUGAUUUAUUUGUUUGUGUAUUAUCUGCAUGCAACUAGUGGCACUUAUGGCUAGCAAGAUUUCUGGUGGUGCAGUGGCUAUUGAUAGGGCUAAUUUUACUGAGCAAUGUGGAUUUUUAUGUUCAUUUUCAAAAUCAAUACCACAUAUUGGAUCCAAUCCUGUGAGCCAAAAAGUUGAGUUGAGGAAAUCAAGUAAAGGGCAUUGUUUCAGUGUGGGACUUUGCUUUUCUUCUGAAAGUUUCUGGAACAUCAGUGGAAAGCCCUAUUCUUACCUGCUCUCCAGAAAACAUAUAGUUUUAUGCUGUUCUGCUGGUACUCGUAGUAGUGAAGCUAAGGAAUGUCUAAGGAACUCUGAAGAUUACACAGAUGUUUCUAGGGGUCAGCUUGAAGAUGAGCAAGCUGAAGGGAAUGCUCCUCAAUUGUGUGAUCAUCACAUCAUGCCUGGAUGCAGUCCUACAUAUUCUGCUCGAGGCUUAGCUGAAGCUUGUAAAUUUGUCUACAAUGAUGCAAAGUUUGUAAAUGAAAGGGCACGCAAUGAUAUUAUAUUGCUUUCACGUGGGAUAACAAGGCUGAAUGAUCGUGCACGCCAAGAUGUUGCAGUUCUUGGAUUGGGAUUUCUGAAGCUUGAUGCUCGUGCAAGGGAGGAUACCGAGAAGAUUGACCAUAAUGUGAAGAAAAAAGCUGCUUGUUUGCACCAUAUAGCCACAAUCUUAAAGGAUAAAGCUCAGUCUAACUUGAAGAGAGUAGCUGAUCAGCAUUGGAGUGAUGGGGCCCUAGAGGCUGACUUGCGGCGAGCUGACUUUGUUGUUAGGCGACGUGCCAUGGAAGAUGCCUUUAUGGCGCUGAAGUUUGUUAGGAACAUCCAUGACAUGAUGGUGGACAAGUUACAACAGCGGCCUCUGAAACAAGGUUAUUUCUCCGUUAAUGAUAUGAUGGGUUUUAUUACACUUGAGAAGAAUGGGAAAGCUCUUGAUCUCUUCGCCAGGGAGGUCUCUACAGAUCGUAUUACUGCCAUAGAGGAAGCAUACUGGAGUAUGGCAUCUGCCUUGUCUGAAGCAGAUGGAAUUGACUACAUCAAUCCUGAGGAGCUUGAAUUGCUGGUAGCAACUCUUAUUGAUCUUGAUGCAAUGGACGGGAAGGGUAGUGUCUCAUUGUUGGCUGAAUGUUCUAGUUCUCCUGAUGUUAAUACAAGGCAAGCUCUAGCAAAUGCCCUAGCAGCAGCCCCAUCCAUGUGGAUUCUUGGAAAUGCUGGCAUGGGGGCAUUACAAAGACUAGCCCAAGAUAGCAAUCCUGCUGUUGCAGCUGCUGCAUCCAAAGCCAUCGAUGAACUGAAGCAGCAAUGGGAGCUUGAAGAGGGUGAUUGUUUGAGGUUUAUGAUGAACCAAAAUUCUCAGGCAGAGGACCGAGAUGAUAUUGAUUCGGAGGUUGACAAUUCAUAAGCAUAGAGAGAGAGAGAGAGUCUCCCUGGGUGACCAAGUCAACAGUCUUCAGUCAAAUAAUGUGCAUUUGAAACACAGAAUGAUCUCUGCAUGUUGACAAAAACUGAUAAAAGAUGUGAACUUUUGAUAUAUUACUAUACUAUACCCUUUUACA